AUGGGCCAUGGGACUCCUGAUAAUAUGAACUGGGCUGGACUACUGCAGAAUCUGCUGGUUUUGGUCCAUCUCAGGCAGAUCAUGGGUGGCUCUGCCCGGUUUCCCAUCCCAGAGGAACAGGAGCCUGGUAUUCUGGUCGGCUCACUUAGUAAACACUUUCCACCUCCGUACCAGCUCCUGACCCAGGAGUAUCUGUGGAUGGACAAAAACACAGGGAAUUUCUACACCACUGAGCAAAAGAUGGAUCGCGAGGCCCUCUGCCCUGAGGAGACAAAAGAUGAGGAAUGCAUUAUUCUAUACAAUGCUAUCGUGGGGCCCUCAAAAGACCUUAUACAGUUUCCUGUGAUCAUUGAGGACAUCAAUGACAAUGCACCUCAUUUUGAAAACAAUGGAAUAUACCUGAGGGUGUCUGAGGACGUGACAGUGGGGACCUGUUUCUUAUUAGACGACCAGGCUCAGGACAGAGAUUCCGGUCGUAAUGGGAAGGUGCAGUACCACCUGGAAGGUUCUGAUGAGUUUUUUAGUUUAAAAGUUGAAGACAGGUCUUUGAUCAUCCUAGUUGUGCAAACAGCUCUGGACAGAGAGACUCAGGACAAGUAUCAAAUGGAGCUAGUGGCCACCGACUGUGGCUCAGACCCUUUAAGUGCUACAGCAACUUUAAUAGUCACAGUGACAGAUGUUAAUGACAACUGUCCAAGCUUCAACUCUGACAGCCCCCACAGUGUCACCAUCCCUGGAGACUCCCCGAAGAACAUGGUGGUUGCUCAGGUCACAGCCACUGACCUAGAUUCAGGCCCAAAUGCUGCCAUCAUUUACUCCCUUAGCCCCAAAGUCUCUGAGCAGGCCAAAAAGCUCUUUAGCCUCGACAGCCUCACUGGGUGCAUCAGACUAACACAAGACCUCCAGAGUGACGACUCUGAGGAGCUGGUGUUGAAAGUGUUAGCUAGCAGCCCACAUUGCCCCCCAGCAGAGACUCAGGUAACUGUAUCUGUGCUCCCCAAAGCAAACCAAGAGCCGCAAAUAAAGAUCGGGUUCAUAGCAGAGCAUCAAAACCAGACUAUGGUGAUACCAGAGAACCAGACCCCCACUGUCUUAGCUGUUUUAGAACUUGACGAUGACAGCAGCUUUAAAGGCUCAUCUUUUGCCAUCGAGGGCGAAGUGCCUUUUACUUUGAGCCCACAGAAUGGCAAAUAUCUGCUUUCCACAUCAAAGCCUCUAGACUACGAGAUGAAAAAGGAACAUCAUAUUUCCGUGGUUUUGCACGGAAGAUCAGCUGAAGGAUAUGUGAUCAUCCCUAUGCGUGUGAUCAGGGUGGUGGUGACAGAUGUCAACGAUAAUGCUCCUCAUUUCCCACAAUCUCACUACCAGCUUGAGGUGGAGGAAAACAACCAGCCAGGGAUGUCACUGCUACAGGUUUCAGCUUCAGAUGCAGACAGUGGAGACAAUGGCAGGGUGACCUACAGGCUGGUCAAACACACAUCUACCAUCUUUAACAUUGACCCUGUGACAGGUCAACUGUCUGUGUCAGCCUCUCUGGAUAGAGAACAGCAGUAUCUACACACACUGACCGUGUUUGCACGAGAUUGUGGCUCUCCUGCCUUGGAGUCUGUGGCAACAGUGUCCAUUCGUGUGGUGGACCAGAAUGACAAUGCACCUGUUUUUCUAACUCAACAUUUCAUCUUCUUCAUCCCUGAGAAUGUAGCACAAUUAUCCAAGGUGGGGAGGGUAGGGGUGACAGACCCAGACGAAGGGAAGAAUGGGUACACAGAGUUGCAUGUUGUAAACAACAGUGAACCUUUUGUUGUGGAUAACACCCAGGGAACAUUACGUACCACAACCAACUUAGAUCGUGAGACAGAGGACCGCUAUGAAUUUUACCUGCUGGCCAGAGACCUUGGUCACCCAGUGUCUUUGACUUCCACUGCCAGGGUAACUGUCUUUGUGGAGGACAUCAAUGACAACCAGCCAAAAGUGAUCCUACCCAACAGCAACUUCUCAUGCCUGACCAUCUCUCCGGAGACAAUGGCAGGCACCAUGAUAACAAAGGUCUAUGCCAUUGAUAAGGAUUCGGGGCUGAAUUCAGAGAUAACAUACACUGUUGUGGCACGAGAGCCAGCACACAAUGACAGCCCCUUCCGGGUGGAUUCAAGGUCAGGGAACAUCACCUUAGCUCAACGUUUAGUAAGAAAUGACCUGGGAAUGCAUCACUUGUUUAUUGUGGUCAGUGAUGGGGGGAAACCAGCUCCGCUUCAUACCACUGUCUGGGUUAAUCUGCUGGUCAAUGAGAGCAUGGAACCCUGCCAUCUUGACAGUGCACCCACCUGGACAGGGCCACCUGACUUCUUGGUUCAAACUCCUUCAAAGGCCCCAAUCUGCAAGGUGGAGGAGGGUGCUACCAGAUCUGCUCAGCUGAUGCUGUUAAUAGGUUUGGUAAUGAUGCUGGCAUCCAUCUGUUUGCUCGUGUUGACAGCUGUUUUAUACCUGAAACAGAGGAGAAGAUGUCCACAACAGAAGAAUGAGAUUUCACUCAGACUUAAAGACAAAUAUUACUCUGAUGACUAA